AUGAGCCAGAUGGAGGCGAUGAAGAGAUUCAUGGUGAUGCAACCUCCAUCUUUUAAUGGAGAGCCCAAUGCAGAAGCAGCUGAGCAUUGGUUGAGGAGGAUGAAAAGAACUCUGGUGGGGUUGUACAUACCUAAGAAAAUGAGGGUAAGUUUCGUGGCAUACAUGCUUGUUGACAAAGCUGAUUUUUGGUGUGAAUCAAUGAAAAGAGUGUAUGAUACUAAGGUUAUGACCUGGGAGGAAUUUGAGAGAAUCUUCCUAGGCAAGUAUUUUGGAGAGGCAGCUAAGCAUGCUAAGAGGAUGGAGUUUGAGCACCUCAUCCAAGGAACCAUGUCGGUGCCAAAGUAUGAGUCAUGCUUUUGGGAGUUGUCCAGAUUCGCCUUGGGGAUGAUUAGUGAGGAAGGAAAAAAUGCUAGGAGGUUCCAGUAG